UUCUUUCCCAAAUUCGACUCUAUCCUCUACACACCUUCUCUCUCAUCUCACCUCUCUCUCUCAACAAAAAAAAAUCUCAAGCUCAAAAAAAAUCCAAUUUUGUACUAACAUGUAUGCACAUGACUCUAGGCCGGCGAGUUUUCCGGCGACCCAUUCCGGCGAAUUCCCCAUAUAUUACCGGAGCUCAAGCUUCAGUAGUCUUAUGCCAUGCUUGACGGAGACCUGGGGUGACUUACCGUUGAAAGAAGAUGACUCGGAAGAUAUGGUUAUAUACGGUUUGUUACACGACGCCGUUAGUGCUGGGUGGACGCCGUUUAAUUUAACGGCGGCUGACGUUAAGACCGAGCCGAGAGAUGAGCCCGAGCCUGAGCCGGCUACGGUUUCUAGUCCGGCUACGCCUGAGCUGGUGGCGCCGCCUGCGGUGGUGCCCCUGAAGGGGAGGCAUUACCGGGGUGUUAGGCGGCGUCCGUGGGGGAAGUUUGCGGCGGAGAUAAGAGAUCCGGCGAAGAACGGGGCGAGGGUUUGGCUAGGAACGUACGAGACGGCGGAGGAGGCCGCCAUGGCUUAUGACAAAGCGGCUUAUAGGAUGCGUGGUUCGAGGGCUUUGCUGAAUUUCCCGCACCGGGUCGGGUCGAAUGAGCCCGAGCCGGUUAGGGUGACGGCUAAACGGAGGUCACCGGAGCCGAGUGUGUCGCCAUCGUCUUCAGCUUCGGAGAGUGGGUCGCCCAAGCGGAGGAAGAAUGGGCAAGCGGCUGAGCGAGCCGGGUUGGAAAUGGAGGCCCGAUCAAAUGGGUGUCAAGUUGGGUAUGAAAUAAGACAAUUACCAGUUGGAGAGCAAUUAUUGGUUGGUUAAUUUUCAGCUGGAAAUAAGCUGUGUAUUAGGAGGAAAAUAGGGUUUGUUUGGUUGUGUGGAUAAAAAAAUGCUGUUUGUUUGUUACUAGAGGUGGCUUUUCUCAUCCAUGACAAUUUUGAAAUUAUCGUUUGAAAUGGUUA